CUAAGUAUGAAAACUGCGAAUCGUGUUAACGUUGCAACCAAAUACCGAUUACGUGAAAUGUUGAUAAAGCCGAAACCACGUUCCUCACAAACCAUGGUUCUUAGGAAGCAUAUGCUCCCAUCGAAAGUUUUAGUGAGCAGCUGCAUUCUGCUCUUCCUCUUUCUAAGCAGAGGAAUUCCUGCAGUUGAUCAUGAUGAGGAUUUGUCGCAACCCACCGAAACUGUGGUUUCGGAAAGUGUGGACGAACACGCAGAUUUAGAUAUUUUACCAGAACUGGAACCGGAAGAGCAAUGGCCAACGCAGGCACACUUCAGCGCGGAUCCUAACGAUUGGCCGGGCAACGGUCAACCGCUGGGUCAAACCGCGCCGUCGUUCAGCGUAGACCGCGUCAAAUCCUUCCCGCCGCGAAAGACAUUUAUUGACGAUUAUGCCAUUCCGGCGAUGCCAUUGGUUGUGGCCGGGGCAUUCAAGGAUACGAAUAUUGAGAAAAACUGGCCGAGAGAUUCCUUUUUCACAACGAAUGCCUUUGCCGCACUGCACCGGGUAAACGCGACUGGGCCAUCAAAAAACACCGAGGAAUUGUCGCUUCGAGAGUUUUUCCUGCGAAAGUCCUGGGAUACCGCUAUAGAGAUGGAGACGACUAUUCCAGAUUUUAUGCGCAUAGAUUUCAGUAUUCCGGUAUCGGUGCAGUGCAAAGCGAUUAUCGAAGAACUGCAAGAAGCGAAGCUGCGGAUGUCUGCUUCGAAGAAGACCAAUGUAAUUCCCGCUGUCAGCAAUCUGGAUCGGUUAGUCUGCGUGGCAAAGGGAAAGAAAAAUGUUUUUUUGGUCAAUGGGAAUCAAGUUCACCGGGAUAGCAACUUUACUGUUACACUCGAGAUCGAUGCAGCGGAAACCUUCGAUUUCGAUUCGGUUGACCUGCGAAAAAUUCCCGGGCUGCGUUUUGCAAAAUUUUAUAAAGCGGAACUAGCAGCAACGGACUGUCUGUACAUCCCAGCAAAAUGGACACAAUUUGUGAAAAUCUCUUCUAAUUUCAUUGAGGCGGAAACGAACUGGAUUCGAAAAACAAUUGAUUCGUCCGAUAAGAUUUGCGGCGCCGUUCCAACCGGCAAAAUGACACUGGGACUGCUGAAACUGGCGAAAGAACCGGAGAUUGAUCUCAACAAAAUCAUGACCAUUUCUCCACUGCAGCUCAUUCUGAACGCCGUUGGGCAGAAAAAUUUCACAUUCGACCAGAUGCAAAACUGGUUAAAGAAGGAUAAGAAACUACUACAGAAAAUGACCGAAUGGAAUGAUGAAUAUGAAGCAAUUGCCGGGGAACUGUUUUUGCUGCUGGAUUUGAACCGUGAUGCUGUUUUCUCGGCCGAUGAUUUGGAUUUAUUACAGCCAGCAGCACAGGCUUUGUUCCUGGGCCGCCUUCACGAUCGCAUGCAGGAUUUCAUGGAUAUUAUGACUGACCAACAAGCUGACUUGGCACCGUUCACUGGCAAGGCCGGAGCCGGCGGCGCUAAACUUAGCCCGGAAAUAAAAGAAUAUCUGGAGAAAUAUAACCAAGAUAUGAAGAAACUCAUUGCGGACGCUGUGGCAGAAAAAGAAAAGCAAGAAAAAGGUGAGCAGCAACCGGAUGCAAAAGCAUCCACGGAUGCACAGAAUUCAUCCAGAAAACGUCCCGACCGGCCCAAAGUACAAUGUCCCGAGGAAAUUCGCGAUGAUGUGAUUAUGGAGGACACGGCUGGAAGUGACACAAGGACAAACAAUAGAGAAAAUUAUGAAGAAGAGAUUUUGGCGGAAGAUGACGAUGAACUUGGAGAAGUACCAGGAGUAUCCAGAACGCCUACGCCGAAUCCGAAUGAGCACCCGGUUCACGUAGAACUCUGAAGCUGUCUUUCUUUGCCAGUGUAGUGAGAACCAACUUGAAAUUUUAUUUGGUGACAUAGAUUUAAUGAAAUAUAUGACAUUAUAGUAUGAUUAGUAUCUGUACGAAUCUUUUACUAUGGUACACAAAAACUAUUAAAAGGGACUUGGAAUA